GAGCCCGCGCGCGAUCGCCGCCGCCUCCCGCCGGGGACCCCUGGGGCGCGCGGCCGGCGCGGGGUGCGGGGGAGGCCGGGGCGCCGCGCACCCCGCACCUGGGGCCACCAUGGCCGAGGAGAGCUCCGCGGUGCCCCGCGAGCUGCUAGAAAGCAUACGGGAUGUUAUUGGCAGGAAAAUCAAGAUUUCGGUGAAGAAGAAGGUCAAGCUGGAAGUGAAGGGAGAUAAAGUUGAAAACAAAGUGCUGGUGCUUACAUCAUGCCGGGCCUUCCUUUUGACAGCUCGAAUUCCCACCAAGCUCGAGUCGACCUUCAGCUACUUGGAGAUUCAUGGCGUGACCUGCCACAAGCCAACUCAGAUGGUUGUGGAGACGGAGAAGUGUGGCCUGUCCAUGAAGAUGGCUUCGCCUGAGGAUGUGAAUGAUGUCUUGGCUCACAUCGGCACCUGCCUCCGGAGGAUCUUCCCCGGCCUGUCCCCACUGAGGAUCCUGAAGAAAGUGUCCAUGGAACCAUCUGAGCGACUGGCCAAUCUCCAGGCUCUGUGGGACAGCCAGACGGUACCCGAACAAGGCCCCUGCGGCGGAUUUUCUCAGAUGUAUGCCUGUGUUUGCGACUGGCUUGGAUUUUCCUAUCGGGAAGAGGUACAGUGGGAUGUGGAUACGAUUUACCUGACGCAGGACACCAGGGAAUUGAAUUUGCAGGACUUUAGCCACCUUGAUCACAGGGACCUAAUACCCAUCAUCGCUGCCCUGGAGUACAAUCAGUGGUUCACAAAGCUGUCCUCGAAGGAUCUCAAACUUUCUAGUGAUGUCUGUGAACAGAUCUUGCGAGUGGUGAGUAGAUCUAAUCGACUGGAGGAAUUGGUGUUGGAAAACGCUGGACUUAGGACAGAUUUUGCACAAAAACUCACCAAUGCUCUAGCGCACAAUCCCAACUCUGGCCUGCACACCAUCAACCUUGCUGGGAAUCCACUAGAGGACCGAGGUGUGUCCUCUCUAAGUAUUCAGUUUGCCAAACUCCCCAAGGGAUUGAAGCAUUUAAACUUGUCGAAAACGUCAUUGUCACCUAAAGGGGUGAACAGCCUUUCUCAGUCACUCAGUGCCAACCCGCUGACCGCUUCCACCCUCAGCCACCUAGACCUCUCAGGGAAUAUUCUCCGUGGAGAUGACCUCUCGUACAUGUACAACUUUCUGGCCCAGCCAAAUGCCAUUGUACAUUUGGACUUAUCCAAUACUGAAUGUUCCUUGGACAUGGUCUGUGGAGCUCUUCUCCGUGGCUGCCUUCAAUAUUUAGCUGUGCUCAAUGUUUCCAGAACGGUUUUCUCUCACCGGAAAGGAAAAGAAGUGCCCCUGUCUUUCAAGCAGUUUUUCAGUAGUUCUUUGGCCCUGGUGCAGAUCAACCUCUCAGGCACAAAACUGUCUCCUGAACCUCUAAAAGCACUGCUGCUGGGCCUGGCUUGCAACCAUAACUUGAAGGGCGUCUCUUUGGAUCUCAGCAAUUGUGAGCUGAGAUCAGGAGGUGCUCAAGUUUUGGAAGGCUGUAUCGCCGAGAUCCACAAUAUCACCAGCUUAGACAUCUCUGACAAUGGUCUCGAAUCGGACCUAUCUACCUUAAUAGUGUGGCUCAGUAAAAACAGAUCAAUACAACACUUGGCAUUAGGCAAAAAUUUUAAUAAUAUGAAAUCCAAAAAUCUGACACCGGUGUUGGACAACUUAGUACAGAUGAUUCAGGAUGAAGAAUCACCCCUGCAGUCCUUGUCCCUGGCCGACUCCAAGCUCAAGACUGAGGUCACCAUCAUUAUUAAUGCCCUGGGAAGCAACACGUCCCUGACCAAAGUGGACAUCAGCGGGAAUGCAAUGGGGGACAUGGGGGCCAAGAUGCUUGCCAAGGCGCUGCAGAUCAACACCAAGCUCAGGACUGUCAUAUGGGACAAGAACAACAUCACUGCACAGGGCUUCCAAGAUAUCGCUGUCGCUCUGGAAAAGAACUACACAUUGAGAUUUAUGCCGAUUCCUAUGUACGAUGCUUCUCAAGCCCUGAAAACGAACCCUGAGAAAACUGAAGAGGCCCUGCAGAAGAUAGAAAACUAUCUGCUUCGAAAUCAUGAGACAAGAAAAUAUCUCCAGGAGCAGGCUUAUCGCCUUCAGCAGGGCAUCGUCACCAGCACCACGCAGCAGAUGAUUGACAGAAUAUGUGUGAAAGUUCAAGAUCACCUCAACUCUUUACGAAAUUGCGCGGGGGACGCUGUUCAGGAAGAUUUAAAAUCUGCAGAGAGGCUCAUGCGUGAUGCUAAGAACUCUAAAACGUUGUUACCAAAUCUGUACCAUGUUGGUGCAUCUUGGGCAGGAGCGAGUAAUUUGUCCUUCAAUCCAAUUCAGGAGACUCUGGAAUCAAUGGCCGGAGAAGUUACCAGAGUUGUAGAUGAGCAACUAAAGGCUCUGCUGGAAUCCAUGGUAGAUGCUGCGGAAGACCUCUGUCCUAAUGUGAUGAAAAAAGCCAACAUUCGCCAAGACCUCAUUCACGCCAGCACCGAAAAGAUAUCCAUCCCCCGGACCUUUGUUAAAAAUGUCCUGCUGGAACAAUCUGGAAUCGAUAUCCUGAACAAGAUUAGUGAAGUGAAGCUGACAGUGGCCUCCUUUCUGGCUGAUCGAAUUGUGGAUGAAAUCCUGGAUGCCCUUUCAAACUGCCACCAUAAACUGGCUGACCAUUUCAACAGGCGUGGCAAGGUCCUUCCUCACCAGGAGUCCUUGGAGAUCGAACUGGCAGAGGAGAAGCCAGUGAAACGCUCUGUCAUCACUGUGGAGGAGCUCACAGAGCUAGAGCGCUUCGAAGAUCUGGACACUUGUAUGAUGACUCCUAAAUCCAAAAGGAAGAGCAUCCAUAGCAGAAUGCUACGACCAGUUUCCAGGGCCUUUGAAAUGGAGUUUGAUCUAGAUAAGGCUCUGGAAGAGGUGCCCAUUCACAUUGAAGACCCGCCUUUCCCAUCCAUCAGACAAGAGAAGCGGAGCUCAGGAUUCAUCUUCGAGUUGCCCUCGGAGGAGGGAAGGAAGCUGGAGCACUUUACCAAGUUGAGGCCCAAGCGGAACAAGAAGCAACAGCCGACUCAAGCAGCGGUCCGGACCAUGAGCCUCGUCUCCCAAGAUGGCGAACAGAAUGGACUUAUGGGGAGAGUGGAUGAAGGUGUAGAUGAAUUUUUCACCAAGAAGGUGACCAAAAUGGAUUCCAAGAAAUUGUCUACCAAAGGCUCCGAGACCCAAGAGUUGGGGGACGGGGGAGAUGAGAAGAAAAAGCGAGAUUCUCGAAAAAGUGGCUUCCUCAACUUGAUCAAGUCCAGAUCCAAGUCGGAGCGGCCCCCCACGGUCGUGAUGCCCGAAGAACCCUCAUCCCCAAAAGGGGUGGCCAGAAGCCCAGCUGCGGAUACCCCGCGCAAGGAGGCCAAGCCGGCUGAGCGCAAUGGCAGUUCUGAGCGGAUAGAGGAGCCCAGGUCCCCUGAUUUCCUGGACGACAGUCUCGGAGAAGAGGGGGGCAGAAUGGAGCGCAAUGACAGCAGGAACAGCCCCCAGGGAGGCCGGCGCUAUGGGGUGCAAAUGAUGGGCAGUGGGCUGCUGGCGGAGAUGAAGGCCAAGCAGGAGAGGCGAGCUGCGAGCGCCCAGAAGAAGCUUGGGAACGAUACAGUCUCCAUGGAUCCUUUCAGCCUGGCCCAGAACACGGAGCGGUUGGAUGGAGGCGGGGCAGUGCCCAAACUGCAUGCAGGGCUUCCAGAGAGCCGCUUUGGUUCGGGGACACCAGAGAAGAACGCCAAAGCUGAGCCCAGAGUGGAGGCGGGCUGCAGGUCCCGGAACACCUCCGCCACCCCCACCAGCCCCAAGCCCCUGCUGCAGUCACCCAAGCCCAGCCUGGCAGCCCGGCCCAGCAUCCCACAGAAGCCGAGAAGCUCCUCGAGGCCGGAGGACAUCCCGGACUCUCCCACUGGUCCUAGUUCACCUAAAGUUGCUCUUCUUCCUCCCAUCCUGAAAAAAACCUCUUCAGACAAGGACAAGGAGAUCCAGAACAGCCCUCAGCCCAGUCCCAGGACUAUCACCCAGGAAGCUUCCAGAGUAAGCUGGGGUUAUCAGGUCCUGGAGAGUCAAGAACAAAAGCUGUGCUCCUCCAAUAGAGAUGGCCUUCAAAGCAGCAAAUCCAGUGACUCUGGGGAAGAAGCGGAAAAAGAUUUUAUUUUUGUGUAGAAGUUACCCCUGGAGAGUCAUCUUGCUCAGGCUGCUUUGUUAGCCACCAGAGAGGAACCAAGACCUCGCCUCGUCUCUUCCUACUUCCUGUCAUCACUCUACUCUUGGUGCUGUUUUGCAAUUUUCUUCUCCUUGAUUUUAUUUUUUUUUUAAAAGCCACAAAAACAGACCCAUUUCUUGGCCAUCCAAGUCCAUUUGUUUGGUCUUCUCCCAAUCCCCCUGUUUCAAAGUUUCCCCUAUUUUUUAGGCUUUCAAUGAAUGCCAGCAGUCCUUCCACGGGCCUUACUUGAAUUUCUCUGUGGCAGCUACAGUGCACUCUACAAGAUGAGUUUAGGGAGGUCAUCGGAGUAACUGGACACACACUCACACCAGCCACACCAGCCAGCUGACUGUGGGGUCUUACUGCGUGUGUGCCUGUGUCAAAUCUGCACUUGACUCGCUAGAGCAAUUUAUUCUUGAUGUAUGCAAUUGCACAUUGUAAUUAUAUUAACAGAGCACACUAAUAAUUUGUAUAAAUUAUAUAUAUUAGAUCUUGGGGUAUGGUCUUUAUGUUCUCCCAUGGGGAAUUUCUUCCUUCCUGAUGUGGAAUUGUACAUUUAAACUUGGUCGAUGACCUUGACGAUACCAUCAGUAAGCACAGUUAGCAGGACAGAGAACCAGACUUGAGUCUACCAUGUGCCCAGAUUAAUGUAUAUAGUUGAUUGGAAUGAGAUUUUAUGAAUAUUUGUGUUUGCGGAAGGCCUAUAAUUUGUCUGCAUAUUAGCUUUUAAUGUGUGAUUUUAAGAAAGAAUACUUUGACACCUGUAAAAAAUUCAAAAUACUACUCUUUUUAAGACAUUUCACAAAUAUUCACUUACAUUACAGGCUGAAGGUAUUUUAUUCACGUGUAUAUUUAUACCAAUAAAAUGAUUUUACAAGUGGA